AUGGAUAUUCAAUAUAUGCAAGCCGCUUUAAAAGAAAGUCUUGAUCUUCCUACUAAAAAGGAAGAGCCAUGUGACCAUUCAGUCUUGCAAAACUGUUUGUCUGCUGAAAACCUAGAAAAGCUUACAACAGAUAGUGAUCUUAAUUUCACCCAAUUCAGAAAAAAGCAAAAUUUUCUGCCAAGGCUGAAAAACAGCCAAAGAAUUGAUAUUUUUAGUUUACUAGCUCAAUAUUCGAAUAUAACCAAUUUCAAUGUUAACGUUCCAGCAACACUUAUAAAAAUAGCCAAUAGUGAAUCUUCAUUCUUGGUUCAAACCAAGAAAAAUGGACAAGUCAUAUCCAAACCCUGCCAACUGCCUGAGUUUUUAAAUUUAACGCCCAAACAAAUUUCAAAUGAAAUUCCUUUGUAUUUUUAUAAAAAUCCUGAGAAAGAAGCUGUGCCUAUUUACUCAAAAGAAAACGCAGAAAUUGCUUUUGAAUCAGAUGGAGCAUAAUUUAAAUAUGUGUUUGAAGGUAGUCGGUGAAGCGCUGAGACGCCAUAUCCGACAAGGUUUUACCAACCCUGAAAUGGAGGAAUGCUAGGUAAGCAACUCUGGUAUGGUUCAAAGCCUAGUACUCAGUCUAAAUUCGGGAUUGGGUUUUACCUCGAAGGAAAGGAGGGUUCAGAUUCAGAAAGGGCAAGGCCAGCAAGGUCUAUAGGGAACACCUAGACCAAUCUGGCAACUGCAUAGCGUAAAACUGGGAGGAUCUGGAUUUUUCCUUUUUGCCGAAAGGAUACCAGAAAUUCCCUUUUUUGGAAUUUUUGAGUGGCCAACUUCGUCACUCAAGCAGCAAGCUGCAGAAGUCCAUAGCUCGCCCACUCAGCACUCAAGCCGCAAGGGGAGGAGUAGAUAGCCGGUGAAAUCUCACUUCAGAAUACCAUGCCGCCAGGAGCUGAAGAAGAAGAAAGGCAGUGUCCGAGCUGAACUUGGCCAGCGAACUAUUGCCCCAAUUAGAGCAAGACGGAACCGAGACGGCGCAAAGCAGGUGAACUCUAAUAAAGGAUCCUUGGGAACGGUGUAAUCCAAAUGGCAGACGCCUUCUAAUUCUUAAUGUAAUAAAUCAGAUGAAGCGAUUUCUUACCUACAGACUUUCAUAAAAAGCCGCUCAUAUCCAGCAUGUAUAAAUAGAGUGCUAUGGAGACAAGGCAGAAACUGCAAGUAUUUUACUAUAAUCAACCGAAGCAAAAUUAAUAAAAAUUCAAGAGAAAAAGCUCCUCAAAAUGUCCGCAACAAUAGUAAAAGCAAAUAUAAAACCCAAAUAAAUGAAUUUAAAUAUAUGAACAUGAUAUUGCAGACUUCAAAAUCAAUCAAUAAUCCUUAUAAAAUGAUCCCGAUUUCAGCCUCUCCUGACAAACGAAGAUAUAAACCUAUUGAAGUUAAAACCCUCCCAAUUAAAGAAAAUUUAAAAAAUCUUAUAAAUAAAGAAACCAGUCAAGAUUUUAUCAUAAACACUAAAGAUUGUGACAAUCUCUUCGUGGUUGAAAACUUUAUAAAGGGCCAUAAAUUUUGUUUCUGAAAUUUUCUUGGCUAUUUUGGUCAAUUUUUUCUUAUUUAUUUAUUUAAAAACAAUUCCAGAUAAAUACCUCAAGAAAAAAAAAUGCUACAGAAAAAAUUUUCAUUCAAAAGACAUGAUACAUUAUAAAACACCCAGAAGUUGACGCUAUGAUGUCAGAAAUCGUAGCUUUUUUAAAUGAAAAUCUGUUCCGAGAAGAAAGCGUAAAAGGGGUUAUUGCUGACUUUAUCAGAGAUAAUGAUAAAAAAUGGAUUAUGAUAGACUGCAAAGAAGUUACUAUAAGCUCGUCAACUUCAAGAGAAAAUAAUAUAAAAAAUAAGCCAAAACUCGUUAUUAUAGAAAAAAAUAGAAGUCAAUCAUUUGAAGGAAGUGCCAGUAGAGAAGAAAAAGCUCCAGAAGAAAAAGAAGCUGAAACAGAGCCAGUUGAAUGCCAAAAAAAGAACCAAAAUGAAUUAAUUUCUGAGCUACCAUUCAAAAUCCGCAAUGUUACCAGACAAUUAAGACGAUCUAUAACUAGCUCUGAAGAAGCUUUUCUAGAAAAGUGAAAUAAAGUAAACGCAAAGCUUGAGCACAUCAUGAACUUAAAUUUAUCCCCUGUCGUAAAAACCAUGCAUACAAAUUUCAGCGAAUCCAGCAUCCAGACCUAUCAGUCAAAAUUCCAUUCCAAAAACCUUCCAAAAUUAGACAGACAGCACCCUAGCCAUAAUUCUUCAAAUGGUUUACAUUGUCCUUAUCUUAGAAACCGCACCUAUAGUGGCUCAAUUAAUUUUGGAAAUACCACUUCUUGGGAUUUAAGCAGAAAACAUAUAAGGAUCCCCCCCUCAUUUGUCCAAUUUUCUAGUAUUUUAUCAUUUGUCCAUUUUUCUAGUUUUUUUAUAGGAAAAAAAAAAUUUUUUAGGACCUCAUUUGUCCAAUUUUCUAGUCAAAAUUUUGAUAGAAAAAAAAUUUUUUCAGGACCUCAAUUGUCUCUCAUUUUCUAGUUUUUUUACAGUAAAAUACUAAAAUUUAGGACACUCGAAAAAUCCAAAAAUGACUAGAAAAUUGGACAAAUCAUUUUUGACUAGAUUUUGGGACAAAUGAGGUCCUGAAACUUUUUUUUUCUUACUCCCCCCCCCCCCUCCGUGAGCGAACAAAAAAAUUUUGUUCGCUCACGGAGGGGGGUUAAUUUUUUUUUUUUAAAAAAAAUUUAUAUAUAAAUUUUAUAAAAAAAUAUUUUUUUCGAAAUUUAAAAAAAUCCUAAUUUGCAAAAAUUGGGAAGCAAAUAUUAAUUUAAUUUGCAAAAUUUAUGUUUUAAAACGCAAUUUGUUUAAAAUUAAACAGAAUUAGCUCUAGAUUUUCAUUAUACUAAUUAUCACUUAUAUAUCAAAAUUUUUUUCCAUUAAAAUUUUUUCUAUUAAAAAAAUUUUUGUUCACUCACGGAGGGUGGGUUUUUGGUCAAAAAAUGGCGAUUUUUCUAAUGGUUUUGUUCGCUCACGGAGGGGGGGGGGGAGUUAGAAAAAAAAAAAACUAGAAAAUUGGACAAAUGAGGGGGGGGGAUCCUUACUUGACGCUGUAGGAAAAAUUGACGAAAUGAAGAUGAAUACAGAAUUAUCUAAAGUAAAAAGCCAAAAUUUGGUAAAAAAGUAUGGGGGCGAUGAAUUUUGGACCCAGUUUAUAAAGUCUUUAUAUAAGAAAGUAAUGGGAAAUAGCUGCUUGGCGAAACAUUUCCAGAACUCUGAUUUAAAAAUGAUCAUUUGUGGGAUGUUUAAGAUAUUUAAUGGAUGCGCUACUUUGGAAUUCAGAAGGAGCGUAAAAGCAGCCCACCAGAAUAUGCUGGUUCUGGAAGGAGAAUUUAAUGUGUAUGCCGAGCUGUUUUUGGGCACUUUGAUGGAGUUUGAUAUUGAAGAAGACGAUAAAAAUGUCAUAAUGACCCAGAUACGGUCGAUGAAAUGUCUUAUUUGCAAGUAA